UCCAAAUUUAGUUCUAUCAGUGGUCUUGUGUCUACAGGAAUACUGAAGUAGAGCCGAAUGCAUUUGAAUCAAAUCAUUCGGCAUUUCAAAAAAAAAAGAAAUGUUUACUAAAAUCUUCGAUUACUUGACUUCUCUUUUUCGCGGCAACGGUGCAGAAAGUGUCCCGAACGUUACUGAAAAAUCAUUCCCCGUCGCUCGAAAACCAACCGAGUCGAACCAGAAAGGCGCAUUAACCAUAGAUAAAAGGGGCCUUAAAUGUAGUGGCUUUGACUGGGAUUAUCCAAAGACUGUCUGGCUAACAGUUCUAUCAAUCCCCAUGACUGAGGAAACUAACAUUCCCAUGACUGAGAUGGGCAGUGACGAACCAAAAAAUUCACAGCUUGUCCCAGAUCCGGAAGAAGUCUUAGACGACUGUGGUUCGGGAAUAGAAAGAUUCACUAGGAUGAUCAAUUUUACAUUGGUCGUGCUUGUCUUCUUUCUCCAGUUGUGGGCCUUACUUAUUUCAACAAUGAAUGUGGAUAUAGACCCUACUGGCUUCUUAGUUGGCAUCUACCUCGUUAUGCUCGCAGCACUGGCGAUAUUCGAAAAGGUCAGGAGUAUUGAUAUUGCUCGCUGUUUGACUUUAUUCGCGAUCUUAGAUGUCAUCGUCUCUGGGCCGUUCAAAAAGUCACUUUCUGCCCUUCGUGCCUCUUGGUUAAAACGUCAUCCUGGCCAACGAAUCAGCAUCAAGGAAGUUGCAGAAUUGACUCGUCCCUCUUUCCAGCAAAAAUGUCUCAAUCAAACAUUAUAG